ACUAAAUAUGAAAAUGAGAAGUGUGCACCGGCGAGGAUUUUCUGUGGAAGUAGCUCGCUGUGAACAGUUAAUUUCAGGCUAGGAGGAGCCGAUUCCAACUGGAAACAAAGAUGUCAGACUCGCUUCAAGUUCUCCGCGAUCUCUGCAUUCAGUUUUCUGAACCAAUCAUCCAAUCUCUUUCGAAAUUCUGCGAUGAACCUUCAGAGGGGUCGAAUGUCUCUGUUAAAGCCAUUCUCGAAUCCCUUCUGCCUCGAAAAACCUCACUCCCAAUCACUCCUACUGAGGAGGAUAUUUACUCCUCCAUCAAAGACUUCGCACUAGCAUGUGCUUUAAUAUUGUCUUCCCGUUCCUCGACCUUUGACCUUCUUUCAUGGAUCCCCGAAGACCUCUCACUUGCUGCCGAGUCAGCGUUUCGAAUGCUCUCUAAGGCAUAUGUCUCUGCUUUCUGCGAUGGGUUUUCGAAGGACAUUGAGGAGGUGGGUUUAGAUUUUAGUUUGAUACCGGAGGAGAAAAGAUUGGUGGUGGAAAUUAUUCCUAAGGUGCUACCGUUGUUGAAGGAGAAUAUUAAGGAGAGCUCGAUAGAUAAAUCUGACGAAGUUGACGAGGUCUCCGCUGCAUCAGCCAGAGUGCCUGUGGGGUUUGCUAUUGUUGCGGCUCAUCAACUUGCAUGGUUCAUUACCCAGAUUGAUUAUCCACAUUUGGGGAAGUUGUGUAAUUUGGUGAUUCCUUGUGCACUGACUGCCCUUGAUCACUGGUCACCGGAAGUGAAAGGGCAGGGCAUGGUUAGCUUUAUACAUCUUGCAAAAAAUGUCAAUGCUGCAGAGCUAGGUUGGUAUGAAGAUGUGAUUCUUGAUGCGUGCUGCUCAAAUGUCCCUUCAAGUGAUGAGAUAUGGCCUUAUGUUGUUGAAAUGUCAGUUCUUCUUGUAACUAGCAUUCACAAAAUGAAUCCUCGUAGCUCAUGGAUUGAAAGGAUGGUUAAUGAGAUGUUGGGUCACUUGGAGCGACAGCCAAGGAACAAGGAACGCCGUAUUGCAUGGCUUCAACACAUUGAGCCUCUUUUCAACUGUAUGGGUCUGGUGCUGCUGGCUCAUACAAGGCGCAUAUUUCCACUUUUCUUCCAGUGGAUGAAUGCUGAAGAUGAUGAGACCACUUUACUAGUUCUACAGAGAAUACAAACAGUUGUGAGGUUAACAUGGAUAAGGAAUACGCCAUAUGUUGAAAGAUUGGUGGAUGAGCUUGCACUGUUAUACGAAAAGGCUGCAUCAAGAAGUUCUCGUGAUGCAAUCAGAAAGCAUGUUGUUGAUGCACUUAUCCUUCUCCAGGAGAGCAAAGGUCAGCAGUUUAAAGCAGCAUGGAACAAGCACAAGGAUGAUCAAAACUUGGUUUGGCUUACUACAUCUGUAACUGGAAUGAACAUCAACAGUUAAGUGUUAGCUUAUUAGAGCUAACAAUGUAACUGGGAAGUGGAACUCGACAAUCUGAAGACUGAUUGCAAAUUCUUCGCAUAAAUCCAGAGCUGGUCGAUCUGCUUCGCCACCAAUUUGUUUGUAUAUAAACUCGUACAGAGAGAAGACCUGCGGUAUUUAUUCAUUAAUUUUAAGCUAAAUGUAUAAAAUUAGUGCUUAAAGUUUGAUACUUUGCAUUGGGUUAUCAACUUUUGAGUUUUGUGUC